CCCAUCUCGAUGGCUGGAGGCGUCUGAGGGGCGGACGGCGGCGGCGGCGGGCGCGGGCGGCGAGGGCAGCGGGCCGGGACUGGAGCAGCCGCCGCGCGGACCCGACCAGCCUCGCCGGCUCCUGCCCGCAGGCCGCGAGCGCGACGACCAGGCGGCGGCGUGGGCGCGUCAGGCCGGGUGAGGGCGAGACAAACUUACAUGUGUUGGAGAUCAGAUUGGAAGCACUUCUGAAUCAAGACCGUGGGUUCUGAGGGCAUUGAGAGCACCGAGGCCUGAAAAUGAGUGAGCUUGAUCAACUGCGGCAGGAGGCCGAGCAACUGAAGAACCAGAUUAGAGAUGCUCGAAAAGCCUGUGCAGAUGCAACUCUCUCACAGAUCACAAACAACAUCGACCCAGUGGGAAGAAUCCAGAUGCGCACCAGGAGAACGCUGAGGGGGCACCUAGCCAAGAUCUAUGCCAUGCAUUGGGGCACGGACUCCAGGCUUCUAGUCAGUGCCUCGCAGGACGGAAAACUCAUCAUCUGGGAUAGCUACACCACAAACAAGGUCCACGCCAUCCCACUGCGCUCCUCCUGGGUCAUGACCUGUGCAUAUGCCCCUUCUGGGAACUAUGUGGCCUGCGGUGGCCUGGACAACAUUUGUUCCAUUUACAAUCUGAAAACUCGUGAAGGGAAUGUACGUGUGAGCCGUGAGCUGGCAGGACAUACAGGUUACUUGUCCUGCUGCCGAUUCCUGGAUGACAAUCAGAUCGUCACCAGCUCUGGAGAUACCACAUGUGCUCUGUGGGACAUCGAGACUGGCCAGCAGACGACCACGUUUACUGGACACACUGGGGACGUCAUGAGCCUAUCUCUCGCUCCUGACACCAGACUAUUUGUCUCUGGUGCUUGCGACGCCUCAGCCAAGCUCUGGGAUGUCCGAGAAGGGAUGUGCCGGCAGACCUUCACAGGCCACGAGUCUGACAUCAACGCCAUCUGUUUCUUUCCAAAUGGCAAUGCAUUUGCCACCGGCUCAGAUGAUGCUACAUGCAGGCUGUUUGACCUGCGUGCAGACCAGGAGCUCAUGACCUACUCCCAUGAUAAUAUCAUAUGCGGGAUCACCUCAGUCUCCUUCUCCAAGAGCGGGCGCCUCCUCCUUGCUGGCUAUGAUGACUUCAACUGCAACGUCUGGGAUGCACUCAAAGCCGACAGGGCAGGUGUCUUGGCUGGACACGACAACCGUGUCAGCUGCCUGGGGGUGACCGAUGAUGGCAUGGCUGUGGCGACAGGGUCCUGGGACAGCUUCCUCAAGAUCUGGAAUUAACGCUGCAGCAGGUGCAUUCCACGGUGACUGGAAGACCAUUCCACCCUUGAAGCGUGACAGCGAUAGCAUAUCCUAUCCAACCGUACUAACGUGGACACCCACACCUCCCCUCAGAACUUCAAAAGGGCAAGAUCUUUUUUCCUUCACUUAUUGCUGAAACCAAGAGCACAAUUCCCAUUAAGAGAAGGAUCUCUGUGCUGUAAACUAAAACAAAUUGUGCAUUCCUUCUGGGGCCAUUGUCUUUGUUUUCUUUUUUGUCUUGGAUGAAUUUUAAAAGGAAAUACUACAAUAAAAAUGUUAACCAGA